AUGGCUGCCCCACCCAAUAUGGAGGAAGGUCAAUCAUCUACCAGACCACCACGCUUCAAUGGACAAUACUAUGGGUGGUGGAAGAAUCGCAUGCAUGAUUGUAUCAAUGCUGAAGACACUGAGUUGUGGGACGUGAUUUUUGAUGGACCGUACAUUACCUCAAAGGAAGUGAAAGAUGGAGAGCUCACUACAAGAGUUAUCAAAACCAGAAAGGAGUAUAAUGAAACGGACAGGAAGAAGAUAGAGAAAAAUUAUAAAGCAAAAAUGAUUCUAGUAUGUGGAAUCGGGUCAGAUGAGUACAAUCGAAUAUAUGCCUUUCGGAAGAUUCUCAAAGUGCUUCCCAAGUCAUCGGAAAGCAAAGUGAACGCUAUAACUGAAGCAAAAGAUUUGAAGACUCUUGCCAUUGAUGAACUGGAGGGAAAGAAGGAGAAAUCAGUUGCUUUGAAAACAUCUCAAAACGAUGUGACUGAGGAGGAGGAUGAAAUGGCAUAUGUCACUAGAAGGUUUCAGAAGAUUAUUAAGAAGCAUGGAGGCUUUCAAAAGAAAGCUUUGACUAGCAGAGCAGACUUCAGACCUCACAGAAGGGACCAGGUCCUAGACCAUGCCAAGAGGAAAGCUCUUGCUGAUCAACUGGUGAAGAAAGCUUUGGUUGUAUGGGGAAAUGCAUCUAGAGAGUCCGAGGAAGAGAUAGAUAGUCCAAAUGAUGUCUCGAUGAUGGCUGUGGAAGAUGAUGAAACUGUUUACAAUUCAAUUUUCUCACUAAUGGAAAAAUCUGACGAUGAAAAGGAUCUGAAUGAGGUAACCCUUUUCGAUCUCAAGGAUGAUCUAGAUACUCUUCCCAUUAAUAGAUUGAGAAAACUUGUUGCUCUAUUAAUUGACUCAGUUGAUGAACUAACUUCUAAAAAUUUGACAACUAGUGAAAUGUUGAGUUUGUGCAAGGAUGAAAACUCAGCUCUCAACUCUCAAAUAUCUGAAAUGAGUGUUAGGAUAGGUAUCAUUGAGACUGGUAGUCUGGAACCCAACGAGGAACCUGGAAUAUCUAAGGGUGGGAAGCGAAAACUCAGUAACUUUGAGGUUGAACUAGAAGAGAAACUUAAUACCUCUAAGUCUAAGUUAGUUGCCUCCCUGGAAAGGAACUCUCAACUAGUGAAGGAUUUGUGUAAGAUCAAAGAAGAGUUGAACCACUCCCUCAAAUGGACUGACUCGUCUAAGAUACUCUCUAACUUAGCAAAUCAGAAGUUCAACAGCAGAAAGGGAUUAGGUUGUAGACAGAUAGAGCCUCCCUACAAUCCUUAUAGUAAGUAUGUGUCUAUCUCUGACAACCUCUUGUGUACCCGCUGUGGAAAAAAUGGUCAUAUGAAAGAAAAAUGUGAGAUUUUGAGAGGAGUAAAAGAAAGGCAAGAGAAGUUUAUUAAAUCAAGAAGGGUUUUUGAGAAAAAGAAAAAGAGGAGAGGAAGCAGUAAGUGCUGGUACAUGGAUAGUGGAUGCUCAAGGCACAUGACUGGAGACACUCUAAACUUCCUCUCUUUGGAAGCACACCAAGAUGGUGGUGUGUCAUUUGGUGGUGGAAAGAAGGGUUUUAUUCUUGGAAUUGGUAAGAUAGGAAGAAGAGCUGAUCAUUCCAUAGACAAUGUACACUAUGUGGAUGGUUUGAAAUACAAUCUCUUGAGUGUAUCUCAAAUCUGCAACAAGGGAAAUGAAGUCAAGUUCAUGUCUGAUAGGUGUCUGGUUACAAACUGUGCAACAAAAAGGGUUGUUAUGUCUGCCAAAAGAGUCAAAAAUACGUAUGUUGCAUAUCUUGACUCUAUUGAAGGGGACAGUCUUUCAUGCCUUAGCGCUCAAACUGAUGAUGCAAAUCUAUGGCAUCGGCGAUUGGGUCAUGUAAGUACUUCCUUGUUAAACAAGCUUGUUGCAGGGGACCUGGUCUGUGGAUUGCCAAAGAUGAAGUUCUCAAAUGAUAACGUAUGUGAUGCCUGUACAAGAUCAUCCUUUAAAGUCAAGAAAGGCACGAGCACAACCAGACCUCUGGAGCUUCUUCACAUGGACCUGUGUGGACCAGUCAGAAUUCAAAGCAGAGGAGGUAAGAAGUAUAUUCUUGUAGUUGUUGAUGAUUUCUCUAGGUUCACCUGGAACAUGUUUCUUCGGACUAAGGAUGAGACGACCGAACUUCUAAUCACAUUUGCCAAAGUUAUUCAAUUGAAGGCCACCUGCAAGAUUGCUAGUAUCAGAUCUGACCAUGGCACAAAGUUUUAG